CUGAGUGUUUGAACAGGGCCGGGAUGAAAAGGAAGGAAUGCCCGCUCCUGCCACAGAGCUCAGUCACGUCGUCACGGAGAGGAGAGUCAGCUUGCUCCGUUAUGCUAUUGGAAGAAGAUGGCUGUUAAUAUGGUAGUAGCGGAGCCCGUCUACAUAAACAUGGGCUUUGAGCAGACGGAGCAGGAAGGCCGACCUCCGCCCUUCAACCCUGAGGUGGUUGGGGAGACGCCGCAGUACGUCAUCGAGUCUGUGGCUCCUCCACCAUUCAGACCCAAAAGUUUGAAGAAGAAGUGCAAGAACUACACUGUGACCGCUGUGAUCAUUCUGCUCGUGCUGCUGUCGUGUGCAGGCAUCCUGUUGGCUUAUUACCUCUUGUCACCGUGUGGGGGCCAUGCGGUGUGGUGUGGCGAUGGCUCGUGUGUGAAACAGGAAGAGUGGUGUGAUGGAACAGUGCAGUGUCUCAAUGGAAAAGACGAAGCUAGCUGCGUGCGUCUCUCGGGGACGGGGUUCCUCCUGCAGGUGUUCUCCCGGAGAGGCCAAGCCUGGAGGAGUGUGUGUGGAGACGACUGGAAUGAUGACUACGGACGGCAGGUGUGUGAACACAUCGGAUACAGCAGGGAGACGUAUGUGAGUUCAGGCCAGACACCUCUCGGCUCCAGUGGCUCUCAAGGCUUCAUGAGACUCUCAUCUAAUGCAAAUCCCGAUGCAUCUCUACUGGCCAACUUCCUGUACAGUGAUACCUGCCCAUCGGGUAAAACAGUGACCCUGCGCUGUAUUGCGUGUGGCUCCAAACCUGCGAGUGGCGAGCGGAUCGUGGGCGGGCAGCAGCCGUCGCCGGGGGAGUGGCCGUGGCAGGUCGUGCUGAGGGAGAGGUCGAAGUUCACCAAGUGUGGCGGCUCCAUCAUCGCCCCCUACUGGAUCCUCACGUCAGCGCAGUGCGCACAGAGGACUCCUGACCCCUUGCUCUGGGAAGUCUAUGUGGAUAUCCAUGCUGAGCUUCUGUUGUUUUUCGUCCCCGCUGAAAAAGUGACACGCAUCAUCACCUUUCCGGAGUACGACAACAAGACCCACAACAACGACAUCGCACUGAUGAAACUCCAGAAGCCCCUCCAGAUGUCCGGGUCCUCUAGGCCGAUCUGCCUGCCCAAUUUGGACAUGGACUUCACUCCACCUCAGCCCAGUUGGAUUGUGGGAUUUGGGAGGACUUCUGAAGGAGGUGACACGUCCUCUGUGCUUAAGGAGGCGCAGGUGUCUCUGAUCAGCACGGCGGAGUGCAACGGCACCAACAUGUACGACGGCCAGAUCACACACAGCAUGAUUUGUGCAGGCCAGCCGAAUGGAGGUGUCGACCGCUGUGAGGGUGACGAGGGGGGACCUCUGAUGACUGAGAAGGACUCUGUGUGGUGGAUUAUGGGAGAUAUCAGCUGGGGGGAGGGCUGUGGUCGCGUAAACAAGCCCGGUGUCUAUGGCAACGUCACCUACUUCCUGGACUGGAUCUAUGUGCAGAUGAAGUUACACAGGGACGACUGAGUGAACUCACAUACCUACAUGGAUAACCCUGAAGUCCUUAUUUAUUUAUAUGUAAGAUAAAGUUCUAUUGAAUGUCAAUGUUUUGUUUCUGUUUUUAUUUGCACGUGUUCACUGUACAUGUUUGUGGAUCUAAAAGUAGAGUGCGUACGUUCUGGUAUAUUUAAAAUGUAAUAAACAUAGUUUGCAUC